AUGAAGUCUCGAGCUUUGCGACACGUCGCCCUGCGAAGGGCUGCCCUCGCCAGACCGCAGGCCGUGCCUUUUGCUCUUCGAUCAGCCAGCAGUCUCUCGCAACGACCCAAUUCCGACUUUGUCUCCUUCCCCGGUGCCCUCAAGAGUGCCUUCACGACCACGCUCAAGUUUGAGGCUCCCGAGUCGUAUCCUGCCCUGCCGACGUACCGCGUUGUCGACCAACAUGGCGCGGUGGUAGACGAGUCCUUCAAGCCCGAUAUUUCGGACGAGGAGGUGAUUCGACUAUACAAGGACAUGGUCUUCAUUUCCAUCAUGGAUCUGAUCAUGUUUGAUGCGCAACGGCAAGGUCGACUGAGCUUCUACAUGGUCAGUGCUGGUGAGGAGGCUGUCAGCAUUGGCAGCUCAAGUGUCUUGGAUCGGGAGGACGUCAUGUUCUGUCAAUAUCGAGAGCAGGGCGUGUUCAAGGAGCGAGGGUGGACGGCAAAGGAGUUUAUGGGACAACUCUUUGCUAAUAAGCGGGACCCUGGCCGAGGGCGGAGUAUGCCUGUGCACUACGGAAGCAAGGAGUUGAAUAUUCAUUCGAUCUCGUCGCCGCUGGCAACACAACUUCCCCAGGCCUCUGGAGCUGCCUACGCUCUGAAGAUGCAACGGCUUCAGGACCCCAAUGUCAAACCUAGAGUGGUUGCUGCCUUCUUUGGCGAGGGCGCAGCAAGUGAAGGAGACUUUCACGCUGCAUUGAACAUUGCGGCCACAAGAUCUUGCCCCGUGAUCUUUAUCUGCCGAAACAACGGCUACGCCAUCUCGACACCCACGCUGGACCAGUACCGUGGUGACGGUAUUGCCAGCAGAGGUAUUGGUUAUGGUAUCGAUACUAUUCGCAUCGAUGGUAACGAUAUCUGGGCUGUCCGGGAAGCCACCAAGAAGGCCCGUGAGAUGGCUCUCCAAGACGGUGGAAAACCCGUUCUCAUCGAAGCUAUGACCUAUCGUGUCUCGCAUCACAGCACAUCAGACGAUUCGUUCGCAUACCGCGCGCGGGUAGAGGUCGAGGACUGGAAGCGACGUGAUAACCCUAUUACCCGACUCCGCAAGUGGAUGGAGGCCAAGGGUAUUUGGGACGAGGCCAAGGAGAAGGAGGCCCGUGAUAGUCUGCGCAAGGAGAUCCUGAAGGCGUUUAGCGAGGCUGAGAGGGAGAAGAAGCCCCCGAUCCGAGCCAUGUUUGAAGACGUCUAUGAGGAGCUCACAGAGGAUCUGAAGGCGCAGAUGGCAGAGCUGAAGGAGAUGUUGGACAAGUAUCCCGAGGAGUAUGACGUUGCUGAGUUUGAAGGAGGCAAGGAUAGCCUGAAGCCAUAA